AUGGUGAUGCAUCCCUGCGUCCUCGAGCUCCAGCAGUUCCUCCAGGACCAGAACGACACGCAGAAGCGCUCGACGGCCCUCUCCUGCGUGAAUCAGGUGAUGGAGACUUCCCAGGACUACUGGGAGCUGAAAAACAUGACGCACUUGCUCCUGGACUUGGACACGAAGGUCCAUGUCUUCGACAAGGGGUCCCGCAGCAACGAGUUCAUUGACGCCGGGAUCGGCUUCGCCAAGCGCCUGAUGAGCCACCCGGAGUGUCUCUCCGAGUUUGACACCAAAGGCGAGCUACAAUGCCGAUGUGUGCCGCUCUACGGAAAGGUGGCCACCCUAAAGCUCAAGAACGCCGGGAAGAUGGAGGAGGCCAAGGAGCUCUUCCAGUCCCUGCGGCAGCUCGAGUGGAAAGGCGCUGCGCGGAGCUAUGGGCCGGGCGAGGCGAUCCCCUGGGAUGAUUUCCACCACACCCCGCAAAUCUGGGUCCCGAACCUGCGCAGCAUGCCGCUUUGGGACCGCGACACCUGGAAGGACCUGCCCAUCUGCAGCCUGCUGGAGGAACACUUCCCAGUGAUCCAGGAGGAGACUGCGAGGGCCAUGGCGGACGAGGCGUCCGCUGGCUUUGAGGACGCCUACCGCUUUCUCUACGAGAAGGGCGAGUGGAAUCGGGUGCUGCUGUACCACGGCCGCAAGUUCACGGAGGAGUGCGAUCGGGUCUUCCCAAAGACCUGCGCUCUCUUGAGGCAGUGGCUUCCAUCCAAGCCGGGGCUGCCCUGGACCUCCGACCAGAACGAGCAGGUGAUGGUCAUCAAGAUGAAGCAAGGCACUGACGUCGAGACCCACAGCGGCCCGGCCAAUAAUAUUCUCAACAUCCACUUGGGCAUCUCCGGACUGGAGGGCGCCAAGCUCUUUGUCGCCAACGAGACCUACACGUGGGAGGAGGGCAAGGUCAUCGCUUGGGAUGGCAGCUAUGACCACCGUGUGCACUGCCUGGACUGCAAGGAGACCAGAGUCAUCAUGAUGGUGAGGUACAUGCAUCCAGACAUGUCGCCUGCACACUACAAGGGCCAUGAGAGGACCCAUUUCGAGGAGGUUCCGGUAGAGAUGCAGUGA